CGUUGUGUCGAGCCGGGGCGGAUCGGGCAGGACUCAGCUCGUUUACCCCGUUUAUUUUUUGUUUUACAUAAAUAUUUAGACGUAACUCAUUCUUUGGAAGAAUAUAAUUCAGUCGUUUCCAGCUUAAUGCGCCUCCCUCUCCUCCUACAAAAAUAAAUCCGUUUUUUUCCAUGUUUAAGGGUAGGUCAGACUGAGGGAGUGUUCAACAAAACCGUACAAAAUAUCACUUCGUGAAGGCGAUCGGGGAAGAGAUGAGAUUAAGACGUCAUUUCAGAACUAACAUUUCGAGACUUUAAAUUUAUUUUUUUUUUGCUCGGUUUUCGAUGCCUUUCCGCCCCGGCUUCGAUUAAACUACCUGAACCCCAAUGAUCCAGCCAUCCGUGAUCAGAAAUCAUCCGUAUACACUGCACUCGGAUCCUUUUUUCCUCGCUCUUCCUCCUACAUUCUCAGAACUCCCAUAACUACCGAUCAUUUUCCUUUUCAUUUUUUUUUUGGACUCGCCCUUCUGUUAAGAAAAAAAAGAUACCCUCUCCAUCUUCCAGAUUUGGGGAUCAGAGGAAAUCGGCGUUGAAGAGAAAGCUCGCCUUCCGAAGUAGACCCGUGUGAAACAAAUGGAUGCAAUCACAAGCAGAAGUUUGAAAAGAAAAUUUGAAGAGGUAGAUGCAGGAUCCCCAAUUUCUACACCAAAAGACUCUGAUGAUGAGAUCUCCAACAGUGACAGCGCAGAGAGCUGUGACAGUGUCAAUGCUCCCACCUCCACUGGAUUUAUACCGACAUCUAUACUAAAACGGCAGAAACUGUUACGACAGAAGAAUGUGCGCUUUGACCAAGUGACCGUCUACUACUUCUCCCGUCGGCAAGGCUUCACCAGCGUCCCCAGCCAAGGCGGUAGCUCCCUUGGAAUGGCACAACAUCACAACUCUGUGCGCAAGUAUACUCUCUGUGAGUUUGCCCAGGAACAGGAAGUGACCCAUCGCGAAAUCCUGCGUGAGCACUUGAAGGAAGAAAAGCUGCAUACACGCAAGAUGAAGUUGACCAAGAAUGGUACUGUGGAGUCUGAGGAGGCUGAUGGCCUCACCCUGGAGGACGUGUCUGAUGAGGACAUAGACGUGGACAAUGUAGAAGUGGAUGAUUACUUCUUCCUUCAGCCUCUACCGACUAAAAGGCGGCGAGCCCUACUCCGAGCAGCUGGUGUUCAUCGUAUUGACGCUGAAGAAAAGCAGGAGCUUCGAGCCAUCCGUCUCUCGAGGGAAGAAUGUGGGUGUGACUGCAGACUGUAUUGUGAUCCAGAAGCUUGUCCCUGUAGUCAGGCUGGAAUCAAAUGCCAGGUGGAUCGCAUGUCCUUUCCGUGUGGCUGUUCUCGGGAUGGAUGCAGUAAUAUCGCCGGGCGUAUAGAAUUUAACCCUAUCCGUGUACGGACUCACUACCUCCACACAAUCAUGAAACUUGAGCUGGAGAACAAAAGGCAGCAACCACGACCACAGCUUGUUGAAGAGGAGCUUCCUCAAGACUCUGUCGUAACUACCCCGCAUCCGGAAACACAGGACUUCCAGGAAUUUAUUGCUGAGAACUAUCACCUGGAAAAUGAGGCUGCUGUUCGUCACCUACAGAGUGCUGAGGAACGCCAGAGGUUGCUGGAUGAAGGUGAUGAAGCCUCUAGUGGUUCUAGUCUCAGUCUGGAUUCCAGUGUGGAGAGUCUUGAAGUUUGUCUUCUGGAAACGCCUAUGACGCUGCCGUCAUCCACCUGCCAUCCCUCUAUCUCUCCUGUCCUCCUUCCUGCUGGCUCCUCUGUCCUUUGCUUUACUGAUGAGGACUCUGGGAGACCAGCCUCACCCCCAGAGUACACAGAGGGCAAUGUAGUAUCUCUUUAUGACCAUAACCACAACCAUACAGGCUUGGACACUGGGUCAGAAAUGACACAAUCUGGCCACUCUGAAGCCACAGAGCCAAGUGUUUUGGUAAAGGUUCAGAAUCGCACGAUAACCACCUGUUCUGAUGCAGCGGGCCUGGUGCCAGAGCCUGCUGGGUCAUCCUCUGAAUUAGCAGAGGAUAUUUCUGCAACUAUGGCACAAACAGACAGGGUUCCCGAAGCAAUAGUGGAUGAAGAGGCUAAGCUGGAGGAGAAUGCCAGCCAGACCCCCUGGUCAGACCAGCAUUUUUCUUCUGUGGAUAGUUCCCUGACUGUGUGAAACUUUCUGGCAGCUACUUUGCACACGCCACUCUUUCCCUCUCUACUUACAACUUAUCACAUACAUU